CUCACAGCCACUUUUAAACACCAGACGUCAUGGGGCCUAACAACACAAAGAAGAGAAAGCGGGACUCUGCUGCCCCUUCAGCGCAAACAUCCAGCGCCGACGCUGUAGACACCUCCAAGCCCACUGCCGUAUUUCAGCCAUCAAAAGGACGCCCAUGGACCGUCAGUGUCGCUCUUCCGGGCUCUAUUAUCGCCAAUGCACAAACCCCAGAACUAAAAACCAUUCUCGCCGGCCAAGUCGCGCGCGCCCUAGCCGUCUUCUGCGUCGACGAAGUCGUCAUCUUUGACGACGGCUACCAAGCCACGCACACCGAAAAACACAAUAAAUGGCGCCAAGGCCGACGCCCUCAGGCCGACAAUUACUCCGACAACUACGAGGAGAACAAUGGCGAGAAACACGUAUACACCGGCUACUCCGACCCGAACCACUACCUUACCCAAUUGCUGUCUUACCUCGAAACUCCUCCCCAUCUACGCAAGCAUUUAUUCCCGUUCCAUCCCAAUCUCAGCACAGCGGGUAUUCUACCUAGUCUCGACAUGCCGCAUCACCUGCGGCCCUACGAAUGGUGCCAGUACCGCGAAGGCGUCACAGUAGAAGACAGUUACUCCUAUUCCCACAAGCCGAAUAGCAAGAAGACAACCGCCGAAACCGUCAUCGAAAGCGGCCUGCGCAACCGCGUCACCAUUCCCGCGUCUAUCCCGCCCAACACGCGCGUCACGCUCAAAUUCCCGGACUCCAUCUCCGCUGUCCCGGAGUCCCAGGACAUGCCCAUCACCGCGGAAGUCGUCUCGCCAGACGCCCCGCGCGAAGAAGCUGGAUAUUACUGGGGCUACGCACUGCGACCGGCAUCGAGCCUUUCCGCCGUCUUCACUGAAUGCGGAUACGACGGUGGCUACGACGUGACACUUGGCACGUCGGAGCGAGGCCGGCCUUUUUCGGAACUUACUCGCCCAUCUGUGUCUGGCCAGGAAGACGAUGGCGCGGGUGCAGGCGCAGGCGCCGUGCCUACUGAUUUUCGGCAUUUGCUGAUUGUCUUUGGCGGCGUGGCCGGACUUGAGGUAGCGGUGAAAGCGGACAAAGAAUUGUCUGGCAUGGGCGUCACCCAGCCGGAGGAGUUGUUUGAUUAUUGGGUCAAUUUGUGUCCUGGACAGGGAAGCAGGACGAUUCGUACGGAAGAGGCGGUCUGGAUUGGUCUCAUGGGGUUACGGGAUAUAGUUUUGCGGAAUACUUUGUAGAGGUCCUAGUCCAACCUUUUUUUUUGUUCAAAAGCAAAUUCAUUCCACUUAUUUAUUUUUAUUUAUUUUACUUUGUUUCUCCAUAAGAAUUGCGUGAGCCAGAACAGAAAGUUUCAAUUGAUCGAUGAAUUGCUUCAUGUUGCAAUAUCGUCACAAAAGUGUCAUUCUCAGAAGAUAGCUUCUAAUUAAUCAC